UUUAGUUAGUGAAAGGAAAUUACGUAGGGUUGUUAAAUAGGAAAAUACAAUUAGUGGUUGUUAUUUACGGAAAAAAAAGUAACCGUCCGACGCUGAGUUUCGGACCCCAUCCGCCGUCGGAAUUCGGACCCCGUCCGCCGUCGGAUCUUGGACCCCUUCCGCCGCCGGAUCUCGGACCCCAUCCGACACUAGUGAGCGGCCGCCACAAAAAACGUUUGGCUUCUCGGAAAACUCCUUCCUCUACGAUGGCGACGACAUCACCCACUGCGAGCUCCUUCCCCUUCAACGCCGACAACUUUGUGAGGGGAGGGUGUGAGGUCGGACGAAUGGAAGGCUCGGCGGGACCAGGUCGGAGGAAUGGAGGGGUCAGUGGCUGUAGGAUGUUGUGGAAGGAGGGAGGAAGUUGGUCGGUGGCGGUGGGAGCAAGAGUGGAAGGCAGGGUCGGCGCGGGUGGGAGGAGGGAGGAGGUUGUGAGGGGAUGAGUUAGAUAGGUUUAGGGUUGGUUAGAAGAAGGGCAAAAUCGUCUUAUAUUUUAGAACUAUGGGCUGCAAAUAAUAAAUAGUAGGACGGCAAAUAAUGAUUCAUUUUUUUA